CGGUUUGUUUUCACCGAGAGAAAGGAGCGUUGCAGAAAUCGCCACCGCUGCACCAAUUUUUAGAAACGGUCGUAACAUUUGUUUUAAACGCGGUUGGUUGUCGAAUAACAGCUUUCUUAGCUCGCCAUGGCUCUGUGCGGGGGUGUCGGAGCCAUGGCUUUACCCAGCGAGCUUAUCGUUCACAUAUUCUCCUUUCUGUCCGACCGAGACAAGCUCCGGGCCUCGGCUGUGUGCUCUCGGUGGAGGGAGUGUCUCUUUUACCCCGCGCUGUGGACCGAGCUUAAACUGCGGAUAGGUGGCGGUUGUAACGGCUCCGAGGACACACCGAGACUGGAGUUCCUCAUGCGGAGGUUCGGUUCCUUCGUGCGGGAACUGCAGCUAGAACUUUCCCCGGUGGAAAGCUACCUUUCUCCUCUCAACAGCGAACCGUCGUCUACCAGGAUGGACCAGCCCCCUUGUUCCGACAACGACCCAGAGCUCUCUGAGCGAUGGAGAGACGCCAUGGCCACUUACUUGGACCAGGUGUUGUGUGUGUUCACCAGCAUCCGAAACAACAGAAACCUUCAGAAGUUGAGUCUCUAUGUCGACACCUGUAUUCUCCAGCAAGAGGGACUACUAGACAGUUCCAACCUGCACCAAAUUCACCAGGGAGACAAGAAGAUUAAUGAAAUCCAGCAGUUGUUCAUGGAGAUGUUGUCUAAUAGCCGGCAGCUGCGGUGGUUGUCCUGCAGCUUCAUGCUCGAUUUGUUGACUCCUUGCUCUCUAGCCUGCCUGUCUAAUCCUUCAGCUGAGACCCUCAAACACCUCAGUUUACUGGACCGUCAGCUGGGUCCACUUAUCUCACCAUCAGAGCUAGAUCGUCUGUCUAAUCUUCAUUCUCUGGCUCUGGAUUUCUCUGAUUUGACAUCCGAGCUUUGUGGUUUGUUGGCAUCUCCACGUCGAGUUCCACUACAUCGCCUGUCCCUGCUGCUCAACGGUGCCGCCCUGGAGUUCAAACCAUUAGAGGGGACAGCAACAGAGGAGGACUGGAAGGCACUGGUCCGUGUGAGUGCCAACCUGCGAGUGUACAUGAUGGCCCUGGAGGUCGACAGUUCAGAGCUCCUCAGAGUCCUAAAGCCCAGCCUUCCUCUGGAGCGCCUCCACCUUGACAGUUACAGCACACUGGUGUCAGACGCUACACUGGAGCUCAUCUCUCAGCAGUACAACAAAACGCUGACUCACUUAAUGCUCCUGAGGGACGACCCUGACUUCCCCGACCUCAGUGUCAAUCGUAACGAAGACCCUCUGGUUAUCUUGGCGUGGAGAUGUACUCAGUUGACUGUACUGGUGAUACAUGGUUAUACUGUUUGGUCUCAUAACUUGGUAGCCGUCUCUCGGCUGCGAGGUUCCAGUCUUCGUGUCCUGACUGUGUCUGAAGAGAGCAUCGACUUCGAUCCAGACCAGUCUGUGUGCAUGGAGGGUGACCCCAUCCACAACCUGGUCAAGGAGGUUUCUCUGGGCCUGGGCCGUGUCUGGCACCCUUGUCUGGAUUCCAGCUUGGUUUUGUUGGAACCCACCCUGCACUUCCACCGCGAGCUGCAGGCCUUCAGCAUGGGCAUGUAGGCAGGGACGGCAAAUCCGACACACCCCUGCUUCAAGUGCAUCAAGACCAGGCCAGACCAAUGAAGUCCAGGUCAGCUUGGGCCUCUUAAACAACACCAAAAGCAGACCUAAGUGAGAAAUCUAAACUGGAUCUUAAAACAAUCUAUGAAUUACAUUUAUCUGAAGAUGUGAGCCGAUUGUUUUUAUUUAACUUUUAUUUUCUGUGUUAUUCUCACAGAGGUUUUAGCCAACAUCAAGUCUAACCUCUUCCAAAUAAUUCCCUUUUUUCUUUCUUUGCCUCUUAAUUAUCUAGUUAGCUAUAUUUAACCUUUUGAUGUUUCAAAUAUCCAAUUAUAACUCAAUAUGCUUAUUAAAAUAGUUGAAAUUUAUGUGGUUCUAAGUCAUACCAAUCUUUGAUAACUGACCACAAGUCAGCAUUUUUAAAUUUGUCUGCUUCAAUGGGCCACUCUGCUGCUUGUAAUGCCUUUUUCUCUGACAUGGCCCAGUCUGGUCUGGUCUUGAUCUACAAGUUUUAGUGCUCGAUGUUUCUCUUUCACCUUAAUAACCUCCAGAGCCUCUUUAUUAUUUGUUUCUGUUUUCUUUGACAGUUCUGUAAUCUCUUCCUGCUCUAUGUAUGAUCUUGUUUUUCCUGUGUUGUGGUUCCCUUGCCUAUAUAGGCCUUGUGUGUAUUUAGAUACCGAUAUAUUAUCCUGCUCACAGCUUGAACAGAGCAGACGGGCGGGUUGAGGGUUGAGUGACGGACCGGUGGGAUAAGGAUGCGUGUUCUGACACAAGCUUUAGUUGGACUUUUUUGUUGUUGUUACUCUUGCUCUUUGUCGCUCAGUCUGCUUCACUCUGUUUUACUUUGUUAACUAACUGAUCAAUCACUUCCUGGGUGACAUAACUGAAGCUGCUUCUAAUGUUACUCAGAAGGAGCACUUUGUUUAUUUUUCUGCAAAUUUGAGAGCCAUGCCAGCAGGAUGGGAAUCUCCACAGUGAUGAGGCUGAUUAGGUGUGUGCUAUUUUUAACAACAGCCAUGACGGUUCUUUGUCUCAGAGUCAUGAUCAUUGUGAAGUGAGCGGUGUUUAAAAGCCAAAUGGUUAUAUUUAAGAAACGCAAGCACCUCACUGAUUGUGUUAAGGAGAAUAUUGUUACAUGCUCACAGCCAACACACUCCCCACCUAGCUGACUUUGCAGUAAACCUCAUUAGAAGAUUAAAUAGUGAGUCUGUCUUCUGAAUGACAUGCAGAGCCAAACUAUCAGAAUCAACCCGCCACAACACUUGGUUACAUUCUGAUUUGUCAUGAGCUGGUUGUGAAUCUUAAUGUCUUUUUUUCUUUAGUCAGAAUUAAUAUAGCUGACUUUGAUCAGGACUUUUGGACUAGCAUGAAUAGAACCAGAUGUCCUUUAUAUUAAAAAGUCAAGUCAUCAAGUCAAAGUCAGAGUAAAGAGCAGUGCAUGUGCAUCAUAAUAUGAGGAGAUUUGGCAUUAUCUAAAAUAUUGUUAUUAUUUCAAGAGAGAAUCAAUUUGAGUUUCUACAUGCCUCAUAUAAAUCUCUGUGGGAGAAUUCUCUGACUACUUUUUUAAUUUGUGAGAUCUGACCUAAGAAAAACCUUCUUUUUCUUGGGCAUGGCUUGUGCCAGCAGUUUUGAAGACAGAAACUACUUGUUCUCGAUUUUACGGUAAAACAUUUCAAACAGGGAAAAGAAGGGGAUUCACUGAAUGUAACUUAACUCUCAUUCUCUCAUUCAGUCAGUCGGUCAGUCAGUUUUUGUUUAUAUUGAAGGCUUACUGUAUAGCUGAAGUUGCCACAGAACAUUUGACCAAUGCAUAUCUUGCCACACCAGUCACAGCUGCUGAAUGAGUGGGUUUGGAAAUUGUGGGUUCCACUUCCAGCGAGUUCUGGUUAUAUUUCUGAAUGCUGGUCACCAACAGCACAACAAGGUUUGAGACAAGUGGCGUAUUUCUGUGGUGAAUACUUUCUUUGUCAGUCUCAGGUAGGCUUUGAACAUCACUAUGACCAGGACAGUGGUGAUGAUUAUUUUGAGUAGGUUGUGUGGAACAAUCAGUUAGUGUGUGUUGUAUUGUUGUUGUUUUCCUCUUGAGUCACAGUUGCCUUGGAAACAGCCCCUGUUUUAAGCAUACAGUUGCUCUCAUUGUUAUGUAAAUGAUGUUGUUUGUCUUGCCAUCUGAUAAACCCCCUGACCGCAUUGGUUGGGGGUUAACAAACCUUAUCAUACAUUUGUUUUCAAAGAUUAAGGUUGAUACUGACUUAAGAAUGGCAAAAUCAAUCUAUUUGUUGAACAUGUUUAAUAUCCAGGAGAUGUUUGGGUCAGAGAAGUGUGUUGUUUUUGGGAAAAAUCAGUGCUGUGGAUAAGAGCUUAACCUGCUGGGCCUAAUUAAUGUUUGAACUGAAUGUAAUCCAUUUUCUGGGGUGAAAUGUCUGGCACAGUGCAUCCUGGCUGGCUCUGAAACUGGCUCAUUUGUCUUCUAGAAGAAGGCCUGACUUUGACUGAAUCCUAGUUGUGGAUGUUGUUUAAUACUAAGAAAAUACCUUUACCCAAAUUACUGAGGUACCACCUUUGCCCUCACUGUUGUUUGGGCUUUGCUGAAGGACAUCCAUGCCAUGCUCAGGACCCAGGCCAACAUUGUUAACCAAAUGUAUUGUGCUCCAGACUAACUGUAUUUAUGAGCACGACCUGGGCCAAGUGUGGUUAUAUCUGCUGCUGCAGUUGACAGCUGUAUAACAUUGUUUUCUUGUUAAUGGAUUUCCUGAGCUCAACUAGGAUUUAAUCAAACUUUCCUGGGGCUGCAGAGCACCUAUCCUCCAUAUUUAAAUACUACGAAAGCCUUUUCGGAAAGCUUUUUCCUCAGUGGCUUUCAGUAGUUAUCAUGGCACUUUAGAGAUCAGGUUAAAGGCAUUGCAGACUGUGAAGGCCCAUUUUUUAAGGUCUGUAGUUUACAAGGUUAACCUGCAGUGGGCUGAAAUGGAACGAGAGUUGUGUGCCAGCACUGGUUCAGAACAAAUUGGUCUUAGCUGUGUGCCUGUGGUUACCGAAAGUUUGCUCAUCUUGAUGGUUUGGCCAUGAUAAUCUCAUAGUCCUUGGUCCAUAUCUCAGGAUAAAUGAUAAAUGCACUUUGGCACCAAGAGUUUCUCUUAAAGGCUGUAUAUAGAGCUGAACACUCGGAGACAGUGGCAUUACCAACAGGACACUUUCAGACCAAAAUAUCUUGGUUUUUAUUUUGUAUUAUUCCUCCCCUCUUUCAUCUCCCUUUUUAAGAAAUCGGCUUUGCUUCUUUGUUGGGGAACAAGCUGUUACAAGUUUGUAUAGUGAAUCAACUGAUAUGGAGGGAAUAUUCACAGCAGUUCAUUCAAGAAUGUCAUUUCAGAGCUGUGCAGAUAUUUUUACAAUUGAUUUCAAUGCGCUGAUUUUACAGACUCCACUGUCACCGUAUAUGUGUGCUUCCUCUACCAAUCUGUCUUCUCCACUCCCCAAGUUUUAUUAACCUUAAGUUGGAGCACUCUUUCGUCAGUUCUAGAAAGUUGAACCUCCAGUUACGUCUGCGCAUAGUGUAACAUAUUUUGCUUUUAAUCUUCUGUAAAGCACAUUGAGUUAUAUCUGUAGGAAAUGUGCUAAGUUUAAUUGAAUUGAAUUGAAAAAGAGGGGCUGUGAUUCCUCCCAAACUAAGGCCCGCUAUAAAAAUAGUAAAUAGCUCUUCCUGUGUGUAUGUUUGUGUUUUUUGAGAAAUAGAAUUAGCUAUUUUUUAGGCAACAAAACAGUAAAAAGAGGGUAAAUGCGGAGACAAGAACUGCAAAAUACAUGAUCUUUAUUAAGGCAUCUUUUUCUCCAACAAAAUUGAUCAAAUUUUAAUGAUGAUAGUCCUGAAAGAGCUCUGUAUAAGUAAUGGGAUAAAGUUCUUUCAGCAAGACAAUGCUGGGGAUCUAAGAUUAUCUUAAAUACCACAGUAUAGCAUAGCAUGAUAUACUUUCAUCCCUGAUCCCUUUGUGUCAUCACCAGUAGCUAAAUAUUGAGCUAUCUUGUGCCUGAAAGCGUCUGGAGUCUCACUGCUUUUCAAACUUCUGCUCUGCUCAAGAAAUUUGAUUUUUUUAGUUAGUGGCUGUAAUUGUUAGUUUACUGUUUAGGAAGGCAGCAUCGUGCACAUGUUGAAGCACACACACAUAGUUUCUUUUCAAGUGUGCCUGUAUUUUCUGCUCAAGUUUCAUGUUAGCUUUCAAAGUAUAUCCAGUAGAAAUGAAUAAGAUAGUAUGAACAUGUGGGCAAACAGCAAUUUAGUUCAUCCAUCAUAUGUUUUCUGAAUGCUUGUGUGUAUAUGUGAGUAUUUAAAGAGGUGGGGGGGGGGCUUGCUCAUGUUUAGCAGUGUAGUCUUAUCACUUCUACUGCAGCAGGAAACAGGAACAGAAAUUGUUCGUUCUCAGGGUACAAUCAGAGGGAAAGUUACAAUAGCUCAGGCCUCUAGCUCACUCGUACGAGUGUUGGGAGUCACUGGAUCUGUUCUCCUCCCUCGAUGUGUUUAUAAGCUGCCAAAGACCACAGUGGAACAAACUGAACCCAGACACAAGUCUAUCUGAAGUGCCCAUGUACACACACUGGCAGGAGGCUGGUCCAGUGUUCUUUCCUACUUUACACCUCCAUACUUUCUCUCCACUCUCAGUUUCUUCCACUCACUGGCAACUCUGUGUUCUGUGUCCAAACUCUUCCUUUUUUAUACUGUGGACCAUACUGUGCUGGACCAGGUGAAAAUGUCAACACACUUGUUCUGUGCUUGGCAUGAACAGAGUCUAAUGUACACCAAGUGUUGUGUAAGUGGUUGAAAUUUAGGGUUUAGAUAGGGAUGCACCGAUACUGAUGUAAUUCCAAGUCCAAGCACUCAGACUCGUACUCGUAAAAUACGGCUGAUGCUGUAUUGAAUGUCAUUUUACAGCAUGACGUUAGCCUCUCAUUAUUAGAGCAGGCAGUUCUGUGAUAUUUUAAACUGAAUGAAUUAAGAAGAGCAGAUUGCAAACUCUACUCUGCUAAGCUGUCAACAGGCUCUCGUGGCUCUUUUCCUCUAUAAAUAAAAGCAUUAUUAGAGCAGUCUUUUUAAGAUCUAUAGUGAUCAAAAGUGUUUUUAUUUGUGUUCUGUAUCAGUGAGUACCAAAAUGUAAGUACUUGUACUUGGUCUAAAAAGCAGUAUCGUGCAUUCCUAGUUUCAGACAGGCUGUUAAGAAUAUGUCUCAUUGAAGGCAUGGUUGGAAACCUAUAUCCAUCUACAAAUGUAGGUAAAGCAGCCUUGUUGCACAACUUGUAACUUGUGGCCAAAUUCCUGGCAGUGAAUGGCAAAGAGAGGCCAUUUUAGUCCAGUGCUGUGUGCGUCAGUUGUGUGCUAGACACUCAAGCAGAGAGUUGAGUUAGACAGUGGCUUAUUCGUCCCUCUGUCUCCUUCUUUCAACACCUGUUUCACUGUGAGGAGUGACUGAAUGUAGAACUUAAAGGCGAGGAGGACAAGGAGUUUGUUUCAAACUCAGAACACACACAGCCAGGGACUGAGCACUCCCACAAAUGCUUCCAGAAGCUACUUUGUAACAGAUUGUAGCUUCCUAUUAAGGCCAGUGUGCCUGGUAUGUGCAGCCGAGGUUAGACUUUAUGGGAAGUGUUCAGUCCCAGGCUUUUGAGCUCGAGAGAUCGGCUGCUAGGGAAGAGAGAACAGGACAUUCCACAUGGGGGUCGCUCAGGCCAUCUGACAUACAAACAGUUUACUACAGAGCGUCUGCAUAAGAAUUGAACUCUAUAUACUUUUUUCUUUAAAUAAGUCUGUCUGUUUAAGGGAUCGGGGAUGCAGCUAGUGUUGACAGGUCACACCAGAUUACCAGCUGGUCUGAGCAGAGUGGAGGUGUGAUACCAUUUUAGAUAAGCUAGUUCAAAGUGAGUCACUGCAUCAAGGGUCGACUGUGUUUCAAACGACUGCUUCAGCCUUUGCUUUCACAUGAUAUUUUAGCGUAUUUGAGGCCAUUUUGUUGGGGGGGGGGGGCUGUGUCCGGUACACGAAAGGCCACACAUGAACCAAACUUACACUGUCUGUGCUAAAUGUAAGGACUAGCUGCUCUUGAUAUGAAAUAAGUGCGUUUUAACUUUUUUGUCAGGCUUACAGGUUAAAGAUCAUCUCAAUACAGUGGCAAGAAAAUGGUCAGCUGUUAUGAUGCAUGCACAAAUAUGUCACAGUAUAUGUUAAAUGGAAACACAGGGGCACCGUAUACAGAUGGAUGUCUGUGUAUGAGAUUCUAUACUGUGUAUAUACACAAAGAGGGACUGACACACAGCUAGCAGAGCCUUAUUUUAAGAAUUCAGCCAUUUCAUAACAACUUUGAAGGCUCUACAGGGAGAUGUGGUGUCCGUUAUUCAGGCGACCAUUACCUAUAGUAUCUCUACAUUGAUGUGGUUGAUGCCUGUUUAGUCUGCCUGUUGGACCUGUCACAUGUUAAGAAUUUACUUUCUGUACUCUUUUUAUGCAGUUAUAGUGAAAUCAUGGAAAACAGCAGGGCCAAGCCGCUGUGGCCUGAUGAACUGAAUCCUCAGAGCUGGUCUCUAAUGUAGUCCAUCUUAGACAGAAGGCUUUGACAGCUCGUCGAUCUGUCGUGAUCACAGAACUGUAGAUAUGCAGGGAAACAAAGAGAGGGGUUCAACACUUCUUUGCUUAUUGCCAAUACUAACUCCAUUGACAUGAGCUGAAUGGUGAGCGUGUGUUAUUUUAGUACCAAAGCAGCAGACUGUGUCAGAUCUGCAUCAGUCUAAACACAAGCUCAGAGCCACGGGCAAACAGAGUCUCAUAUCUACUCAGGCUCAUUGUCAACUCAAGAGUGUGUUAUGUCAUCUCUCAGGAUGUUUUGCGAUGGAAAGCAUCAUUAAAAUAGCUGUAGAUAGUGAGAUGGUUCCGGGCCUAUCACCUUCCUUAAACAAGUUUUAAGGAAGUUAUGUGUUUCUGAAGGGAUUACCAUUAAGAGACAGGGUUUCAUCAUCACAAUGUGACAUUUCAUACACUUCCUGUUUAUUUAAUCUUUGUAUUUAAAUCCUAAGACAACAGACUACUACCAUAACAUGCAAAACUCAGUAUGGGCAAACAUAGGGCUGGACUCCUGCAGGAAUGUGAAGAAUUCAAUGCAACAUCCUGUUAUAUAUUGUUUCUGUUACUUGGGGAAAUACACUGGAGUUGCAAUGCACUGGUAUAAAAUCAGCCCUGUUUAACAGAUACAGAUGUUAGGUCUAUGGCUAGAUAUAAUCUCAGUGAAGAGGAAGUUCGGUGUUAACCCCAAUAAGAGCCUUACAGGAAGUGUGGAUUCUCUGGUUUUCAAUUUCAGCCAUAGCUGACACUUUAACUUAUUUUGCAGCCACUUUAGCAUGAUGAUCCCAACAGUGAUACAAAGGUUUUUUUAUUGUACACUUGCCAUAUUGCAUUUCAACAGAAGCAACAACAAAAUGGCGCUAAUUGCAUGACCUUGCCAAACUUUGUCUGUAAAUUUUGGAGGUUGUUGUAGCGCCGGGCUUUACCCAGAAACUGAUAUUCAUGCUCAGUGUCAGCAAACUAUCUUCAUUUAGGUCGCAUCGACUGUGGCUCUGAUGUUUCUGGCUGCAAAACAAAGUCUUUCUUGUCAAGUCUGGAGAGCUAAACCUCCUAAUUAGCCAGGCAGGCAGGCCUGCUGCCCAGUCCAGCUUCACAACUAUGCAAGAAGAAUGCAUAUAAUCAAUCCACUUUCUUUUUUUUUCCUGUUUUGAUUUUAAUUUUGUUCUUUUUCUCACUGUCACACAGUUGAAAUGAAGUCGUAAACUAAUAAGAACUUGCAAUGACAAUACUUGGCCUUAUAAUGAUUUCUGUAAUCUUUAUCAUUUCGUUUUAAGAUCUUUUGAUUCUGGUCAGCCAGCCCAGCGACAGCAGCGGUGACGGCAGGCUCACUCUUGGUCUCUGUGAGACUGGCUAGACGGCCCCUAGUUUUAUCGUGGUACGAAUGUUGUGCAUUUGUUUAAAAUCAGGACAGUUUGCAAUAACAGCAGUCUUACUAGUGGCCACAAAGGGGCACAAGCAGUGCUGACAGCGCCCGGCUGCGUCUAUAGAAAACCAUAGAGGAAGAGAUAUAAACUAUAUAAAUAGAUAUAUAAACUCACACAGUGCAUAUUUGUAUAGGUAUCAACAAUGCAUUAUCGUGGUAUACUCUUAUGCAACACAUGUCCGGGUUCAAUUUCUGAACAUGAAGUAUAUUAUAAAAACACAGACUUUGUAAAUCAGAAGCUAUGUUGUUGUGUGUUUUCUGCGAAAAUGGUUUUACCAUCCUUGAUGUUGAAUAUUCUGAGCGUUAUGUUCCUGUGUGAUUGUGUUUGUUAAAGUGAGCACAUAGCAGUGGGUUUUAACUUCUUCCUGUAAGCAGGGACACAGGUGUAACCCAAAACACAGCUGGACUUGAUUUCAAGUAACAAGGACCUUACUUUUGACACGGCACAUCUCCAAAAUGUCUUAAAAACUUGUUUUUUCAGAAGUAUAUUCCAGCUCAACUGAAUUCAAUCUGCAGUGUUAAAACCGAUCUGUUCAGCUCAAAUACAUCAGUGUAAGUGUUUGAAAGCUGCUUAAUGAACAGACAAAUUAUAACUGGCUUAACCAGUAAAGUUCCCACCCUAAAAUACCCCCCAGUCAUCCAGCUAAAGGAGCUUUGGUUCAUAAACGUGUCUGAAAUUUUACAAAAUCCUUACACUUGAAACUUUUCCAGCAGUUUUUUUGGUUCAGUCUGCAGGGAAAGAGUCCGCUCCAGCUGAGAGGACGGAUUUUAUCACAGAGAAAAAUGUUGAUCCGUGGUUCUGUUCAUGAGAAAAGGGAGGGAACAUUGCAAACCUCCAUGUACAACCUCUUAACUGACAGAUGGCAUACACUUUAGGGAUCAACCUGCCCAAUGUUGAUUUGAAUUUAUGUUGAAUGAAUGCUUCUCUUCUUUUAGUCAGUGAA